GCGGCCACGUGAGAGCGCACCGCGCGCGUGGUCAGUCGCGGUGUGACAGCGGGCGCGCUCGUACCGCGCGCGGCUGUGCCGCUUCCCGACAUGAGCCUCCUCGACACGCUUCUAGAGGCGGCACGCUUCAUCGAGCUGCAGGAGAGGCGUCUCCAGGCCGGUAAGUGGCGUCCUAUAUGCUUGCUAGUGCCGCGGCCGGGGCGCCGGGCGAACGGUGUUUACCCGCUCUCGGCUACCACGUCACGAGUGAAACCGGUCCCUGGGCGUGCGCUGAUUCGCAAGCGCCACAGUCGCCGGCGCGCCGGUGCAGCGAGCCGACGCCCGACGCUCUUGACCUUGAACAGCACGCAGCCGCGCCGCCUCCCCCUCCCCCCCCACCUCCCGGGCCGGCCUCGCCCCACGUAAACAAAGGAAGCCUGAAAUUCAUCGUUCGCGCCGCCACUGAACGUAACUCCGAUAUAAUCCGAGGGUUCACGCUGCCCAUUUACGUGAGUAAACAGCGCUUACAUCCACGCACGCAUACACGGUCGUUUUAUCUGCGUGUCGGACAAAUGUGCGGACGUGGGCGAGGCAUACAUACAUAUCACAGAGACGAAAUGUUACAUUCGUAAAACUAUCUUCUACGUGUCACGUAAUUUCUAGUGCGAGUGGGUGGCAUGGCAGGGCUGGUAAACUAUGUAUACGUGGAGCGUGUUAGUCAAGUUUGAAGCAUGACGCAUGACGAGGCGAGUCGUGCAGGGGCGCUCAAGAGUUCAGUCAGCUGAUCGCGCCGGGUAUCGCAGGGGGGGGGGGGGGGUGGCGGACAUGUGCACACGCAUUCAAAUGCACUAACUAUUGCGCCUCGUUCGAUUAAUUCGUCCGUCUUUUGAAGUAACUUCAUUUUCCUCUUGAAGUUCGUAGUAUAUUAGUUUAUUACCAUAAGAAAUAUAGCACAAGGCGUGAUUGUGUAACUGCAAGCGUGCCUAGUCAUUGUUUGGUAGGUACUCCGCUUACCUACGCUAUAGGUGAUGAACUCAUUGUUAGUUGUUUGGCGUGUCGUAUGCCUAAACAACUAGUACGGGUGGGUAUCUAAAUGUAUAUCUAGAACCUAACCAUUAUAUUAGGAAGUCUCAAGAAUGUGAGGAUGUCAUUAUUGAAGUUAAUUAAAUUAUUGGCGCUUCUCUAACAAGAUGCAUUAACAAUUCAAUUGUAACUGGCUUUGUUACUUGAAAAGUGUGAUCAGAGAUAACUCACUUAUUUACCAAUCUUACAACGUAUUUUUUUUAAUGUAAAAAAAAAAAUCAAACCUGUCGAUCUCCACUUCUAACUAAAGCGGCAACAAUAAAAUCUACUUUAGUUUCGUGACCCGACAAUCUAUGUCAUUAAUAAUAAUAUCCAAUACGAAUAGCACGGCUACUCGUUACGAACACAAAAACAACUGGCUGCGUCUUGAUUGGAAAACAUUGGCAAACACUUUCGUCAUAUUAUUAUGGACGGACGAGCGGCGGCGCACGUUGCUUCUUAUCGUGCGCUCCUUAUCAACGAACAACGCUCACCGCCUGAUGGGCUAUGAGCUCCUGGUACCGCCGCGGUUCGCGAUCCGUUAUGUGCGACAGAGCUGCCAUUUUGGCUAAAUUACAUACACUCCAUUUGUUCCUUUUUCUCUCACUGAAUAUAAAAUUUACGAAGAUUUUCAAACGUCGAGUAAGAUUUGGUUGGUUUAUGGUAGCUCCCAUCAAUAAGGCUUCAUGCUAUUGAUGUUUUCGGUCAGAAAAUGUAUUAGAAUCACUCAGUGUAAAUUAACCUGAAUGCAACAAAAAAUCCAUACGGUAAAAUUAUCCAUACCUGAAAAAGUUUGGUUAAAGUCAAAAACAAUAUAACAACAAAUACAGCCUGAACAAUUUUCAGACUUAUAUUAUUUUUUAAGAAAGCCCCUAUUCGUUGUCGUCUCAAAGUAUGCAAAGCCAAUCUUACGAUAGUGCCUAGUAUGUACACGACAUAGUUUAUAUUUUAUUACAGUAGAACACAUUUCACAAUCUAACUACAUAUUUUGACUUGGUUUUUUCUUGUAUAAUACUGUUGUGGUAACUCAAGAUCAUGGUUACAAAUCAAUCUUUAAUACAAUCUCCAGAAUAAUAAUUAUAUUCUCAUGUUCUCAUGAUCACGUAAAUUUCAAAAUUAAGCUUUAUAAAUUAUUCUUUAAUCGUUCAUUCUUUUCUUUAAUUAGUUUGUCAAACAUUUGUGAGUUGUCCAGAAUUUAUUUAUAAAUAUUCACAAAAACACUUUUUGGUACUCGGCCAUGGCCCGCCUGGCCAAAUGGCCAGUUGAGAAAUUCAUUUUCUUAAAUGAAUACCUAAGCACUAUUUUAUAUUCUCUAGCAGUUUCGCCCUGGUGUUUUACGACGGAAAACACAAAGGUGACUUCAUAGUCAUAAAACGCAUACGAAUCCCUGUCGGACGUCAGUUAUUUAAUUACUAGGGCCUCUGUGAGCUGUAGGCGUGCGGUGAACAAUCGGUAUCAUCAAGGCUCGAUGUAAGGUCGCCGGCAGUACCGGGCUCGCAGAAUGGUGAAAGGGAUCGCAUGACCUCGCGCGCAGUGCCAGCGAGCGGACUCUGAGGACGUACACUCAUAGUAUAUUGAACUGCAGACAACCGAGAAAAUGGUCGGCCGAAUAAACAUCCAUGCGACACGGUGGCUUACAGCUUUUUCGAAGUUCUGAUUUCUGUAGAGACACACAAAGCCACAUAAAUACGCAGCAUACCUUGUUAGAUGUUCUCAUUGAAAGUAUAAAUAAUUCGCAAACAGAAAUAAAACAUUGCCUCGGUGAAUUUUAAAUACAUUAUGUCUGUCUGUAUCGUAUUAUCGAAAACAUUAACUUGAGAAAUAACGGGAAGAAAAUAACGUCAUGAAAUUAAAAAGUUGAAGACAGAAAUGGUACCUAUUAGAAUUUUAUAUUUUUAGUUUAAGACUAUACAGGGUGUAAGGAAUAAUUUACAUAUUCUUUAUGUAUUAGGUAGUUUGAUAACGGUACUUCAAACCGUUAUCUGUUAUCAAUUUCUAAUGAAUUCGGUUCCUUAAUCGAAUCAGAACAAACUGGCAUUUUGUGUUUCUAAUGAUAAAGUAAAAAAAUAUCCUCUAUGAUUUUGAGCUAGUCAAAUUGGCAUUCAUAGAUACGUUUGUUUUGUCCUAGACCUAACAGAAUUCUUCGCUGAGUUUUAACGGCGAUAGCUUGGCGCAUAUUUUUGUUCAUAUAUAUUACAAUGUAUUUUCAUAUUUUUUUAUAUUGAUUUACAAUAAAAUACUGUUGAUAUCAACUGUAUCAACCAGAGAGCUUUCACACAACGCAGAGUCAGACGGAUCAUAUCUCGACAUCCGGUGGGUGUAUCCCCCCGCAAUGUUUCCAAUUCGAAUACCCUGUCUCUGAACACUUUAUUUAUUACAAACGACUUCUGCUCUGCAAUUGCAAGUGCUAACUAAAGCGUAGCUUAAGGAAAUUCAACACUUUAAAAUUUUAACUUAAAGAAGUGCCUUUAUUAAUUACAAACGACUGCUGCUCUGCAAUUGCAAGUGUUAGCUACAAGCUAUAGAUUAUUAUUAAUGGCUGUUAAUAAUGAAGUCGGAAAUUAUAAACUUUUGAAGAAGCUUUGGGUUUUAAUCAGGACCCUGCAAUCCAGAAAUAGAAUCUAGGCACAAUGCUAGGUCGCAACAACCUGCUAAACCGGCAGGUGUGGUUACAAGAGGUGCAGAGGUGCGGGGAGGUGUUUGUGCGGUGAUCCCCGGGCGGGACGGGAGGGGAGGGGGGGGGGGGGGCAGCGGGCUGCACGCUGCACCGCGCCAAGGUCAGCCGCCGCACGCAUGCGUCGCCUGCUUGCCUGCCUGCCUCCCUCAGUUGCCUCGCCGGAACCUGCACCCACUUAUGUGUUCCUGUGAGUUGCACUCCAAAAAAUCACCCCUCAACCGCAUUAAUACUUGCUCGAAGCGAAAGAAAUUACUACCUAUUUUGCUGUCUUCACAUUAGGAGAAAUUGUUUCCUCAAUCGAUGACAGAUGGGUUGUAGCUUGAAACCUAAUAUAUAAUAUCUUCCAGAUACCUAGUUUUUACAAUGGAUCAGAUUGUUAUAGGCAAAACAAAAAGGCACUAGACCAGUGAUAUAUAAUAUAUAGACAGGUCAUACACCAACAUUACUGCAUUGUAAAAUGGCAUAAGUAGCCCCCGCUCCAACUUUCCUUAGCAACAGCCGCCAAUAGAGCGCCCUAAAGUAGUCUCCUUCACUCUCAUUCAUAAAACAAUUACAUCCCGCUCUUCAGCCUUCACGUGUAUAUGGCGUCAGCAACUGUCAAAGUAAGUUAUUACUAAAAAUAUCACAUUAAUUUCUUUAAAACUGUACUUACGAAUGAAAUGACACGUUUUUCUUGUCUCUAACAGUUCCCGUGUAUUUUGUGUACUAUCUAAAAACACUAUAGGCAUUUUGUCUGGAAAAACGUAAAAUAUUUACACGUUGUAGCAAAGUGUAGCUGCAGCGAGAGAGCGAGCCCAACUGAAUACAAGUCGGACAAUUACCUGAUUUUCGUAUUGCCAAACUAGAAGCGUGUAGGACUUAUCUAUAACUUUAAAACAUCAUAGCACUAGACACUUUUCCGCUUCCGUGAACGAUGUAUAGAGUUCAGGGUUUACUACGCUUAGCAGCGUUCGACCAUUCUCGCUCAAAUCAGGUUUUGCUAAGUGUGUUCUAGAUAGUGAGUAGGUAGAGGUAUGUAGUAGCAAAGAUAGAGUUAACACGUGCCAGGGGCGCCCGCCGCGCCGCGUAGGAGGGCAACGUUGGACGUAUCGGCGCAUAAACAUAACAAAUAUAAAUCCUAUUAGGAAGAUUAGUGAUAAUGACGUAAUGAUGAAAUUACUCUGAUUAAUGCUUUGUAUCGCAAUAAUCACAGUAUGUCAACCGAGACAGCAGAGGGGAAGUAGAACAAAGAAACUACAUUAACCAUGGAAGCACAAAAGUAUUCUGUUGAUGAAUCACCAUUAGCUUGAGAUGCGUAUUGAUAUAAUCAUACUACCGGUUCUUUAAAUGUGCGUAUAGAUGACCUACGUUCUAAUGUGUGCAAAAUGAGCUGUAUAACAAUCGGUGGCCACGUUUCAUUAGAAAGCUGCGUGACUUGUGUUGCAUUGUACAUAAGCAUCGGAGUCCGCUACUCGGCCGUCUGCUUCUACGUCGGUUCGCACUGCUUGUGCACUCGAUUCGGUUGCAAUGUUCCAUUCACCUUAUUCAUCGCCGAGGUUCAGUGACUCCGUCGCCGACCGACUCACCAGAACACGUCAUCUGCGUGCAAAGCAGCCGUUUCAUCACCUAUGGCCGAAGGAUCGGUGCGAAGUUCUUUAAAUUCUGUAGGUGUUCCUCGUUCGACUUCGGGGCGACCUCAUUUCGCGUGUUGUGCGAGCGAGUGCGACGCUCAUACAGCAUUAUGUAAAAUUUCGAGAGCGAUGCAGCGGUGAGCGUUGCGCUCGACCGCGUGCGCGCCCCCCGCGCUCUCGCCCCUCGCAAUUUCGUCCGCCGUCGGUUUCACUCGCGACGAUCGGCGGCGCGGGGUUCCGGAGGUCGCGCUCCUCCCGCCUCCUCCUCCGCCCUCCUCCGAGACGGUGCCGUCCGCGAUCCUCGGCGGCCACUCAGUCGUCGAGCGAAUUACGUCGACGACGGUCGGCUCCGCGUUCGCUCCUCGUUCAUUGCUAUCGCGAAGCUUCGAUGUCGUGACUGAUCGCGUGAGUUGGGCCGCGCUCGCCGUAUUCCGUGGAUACCGUCAAAGGGGGAACUCGUGAUUAAAUUUGUAAAUAAAGUUAUACCUGUGAAAAUGACUAUAAAUAGUGAUUGAAUAACUUUAGGAUCCAAUAGUAAAGAUACUCUAGUGUAAAUUUUUAUUAAUCAAAGUUGUUGAAAUGGACAAGAACAGGACGUAGUUAGUGCACAAACAAUAAUGGAAACUUUUAGUUAACAAACGUUUCGUUCCAUCAUAGAAUGGGUUUACUUAUGGAAACCACCGAAGUGAAUCUGGGCACUACCAGUUACCGAAUGCGUAGAGCAGAAUCGGAACUAUUCGGCGCGAUGGGUACUCCAGGCGAUUUUUACGCCGACACCUUCCACACAAUCGCCCUCAAUACCAGGGAAACAGAAUACGGUAGCAUUGUCGAACCGAUACCGAUAACGCUGAAAGCGUACAAACAAUUCCACGCUCAUGGAAACGGAUUCAACGGUUACGGUUACCAGCAGCAGCAAGUGAUCACUUCAUUGGUUGCUUCGCCCCGUGUGCCAGAAAUCGCAAAGCCAUCCACCUCCACUUAUUCGAGUCCUACAAAAGAGGAAAAGAGCGAAACAAUCGCAAGACCACCUCCAAAAAAGAAAUGGAUCAAAGAAUAUUUAGAGGAGGAGCCAAAGUCACCGGUGGCGGUGCGUGUGGUGACCGGGCUGCCGGUGACGGCGCGCAGCAACGGCGUGGUGCGGCCUACGUCGCCGAUGCCGGUGGUGGCGCCCCCCUGCCCCCCGGUCACCCCCGCGGUCGCCCUAGAACCGGUGGCGGUGGCAGUGCCGGUGCAGGCGCCAGUCACUGCCGCCCCCGCCCCCGCGCCCGCGCCCUUCCUAGACUUCGUACAAGAACAUUCCAGGCCCCGCACCACAAGCAGUAGCCAUGGGCCACUUCAAAUCCCCUCCCCACCAUCCGUGAGCAGUAGCAGCGGCAGCAGCAGCAGCAACUGCAGCGCCCCCCGCGCGGGCACGCGGGAGGUGCACAACAAACUAGAGAAGAACCGCCGAGCACAUCUCAAGGAAUGCUUCGAACUAUUGAAGAGACAUUUGCCGGCAACGCCAGAUGACAAGAAGACUUCCAAUUUGUCGAUACUGGGGUCCGCUAUUAGGUAUAUACAGGUGCUACGACGCAAGGAGCGCGAGUGUGAGCACGAAAUGGAGCGACUGGCUCGCGAAAAGAUCGCGGCGCAACAACGCCUCGCCGCUCUCAAGAGAGAGGUGUCCGUGCGCGCCUCUGUUCGACCUAGGAGUAUCGAUCCUACUUGUGAAGACAAAGAUAGGGACGAAACUAUCACUAAUCAAGUUUUAGGAAUUCCUAUAAGUAUUACCUCUUCGCCGCCGCGAUCCGUAGCACGAAUGGAAGCGUCUCCCCCCCGCACCCUAAACUUAAGCACGAAGUUGCGCACGUUGCCAAUCCAAAUAACGCCAACCACUUCGCAGGUUGUGCGGACUUCAUACGGUUCGAGGCAUAACACGCUCACAUUAACUACACUCGCACCGGCGGAUUCGGCAACUCAGAACGGACAACCAGAGAAUGGUGUGACAAAUACGCUUAGUACUUUAAUGCAUCCAACGCAGAUUCACCUUCCCAUAUCACAAGUGGUAGGCAGCGGCGGUCUGGUAGUGGGCGGUGCAGCGCUGCAGCUGCUGUCAGCAGGCGGCGGGCUGCGCGUGCUGCAGGCGCCCAUACACACCAACGGCGUAACAGGGGAUAACCAUAGAACGCAUAAAGAAAACGGUCUCGUGGCAACAACACCUGUGUCGACAGAAGGCGGUGGCGUGGUAGUAAGCGGAUUAACACCGCUUGUUGUAUCUCAGCCCGCCGCCGCUCAUCUGCUGCACACGCAUACGCUCACGCAUAAGAUGGUAGAAACGCAAAUGGUGAAAGGCAACGUACAACCCCUAACAGUGAGCGCGCAGUACCUGAGCGCCACCACCAUUGUGAAGCCCGUGGUGGUGGUGAGCGCCGCCCCCACGCUCCCCGCCCGCGCGCCCUCCCCGCCCGCGUGAUGCCCAGCCCCCGCCCUCGCCCCCGCCGCCGCCCGCCCAACGCACCGCCUGCUGCACUCUAUGGACGCCUGGUACUCGCGCACGGGGAACAAGCGCGCGUUCGUAGCCAGGAGAUAGACCAGACCACCUAUUGAAGCUAAUGGAGACCUGUUACCCGCGGACGGGGUAACAAGCACGCGUUCGUAGCCAGAAGAUAGAGCCAGACCAGACCACCUAUUGAAGCUGGUACUCGCGGACGGGGAACACACGAGUGUUUCCUGACCUACUGAAGCUUCCACCCCGCCCGCGAAAUGCAGCCACCUGCUGGGGACUAUGGACGCCUGGUACUCGCGCACGGGGAACAAGCGCGCGUUCGUAGCCAGAAGAUUGACCACACCACCUAUUGAAGCUUAUGGAGACCUGGUACUCGCGGACGGGGCUCAUAUGGGCGUUCGUGACCUACUGAAGCUUCCAGCCCGCCUGCGAGAUGCCGCCACCGGGGGCUGGGGACUAUGGACGCCUGGUACUCGCUCACGGGGAACAAGUGGGUGUUUGUAGCCAGAAGAUAGGUGCCCUCGCCCGCACUGCUAUCCGCUGAGGUUUAUAGACGCCUGGUACUCGCGCACAGAGAACAAGCGCGCGUUUGUGGCCCGAAGACAGGUGCCCGCGCUCUCAUAUGCACCCACUGAAGUGACGCAGGGGUUCGUGGCAAGCAGAUAGAUUACAUGCACUUACUAAAGCUUUCACUCCGACCGCGAGAUGCUACCACCUGCUGGGAACUAUGGACGCCUGGUACUCUCACACGGAAAACGGGCGCAUAAUUAAUUCUCAGCAGUAUGGAAGAAACAUCCGAACCGGCUCUUGGCGUUUUUGUUCCGAAGAUAGAUGCAUCAUGUACUAGCAUAUUAUAGGUGUCUGGUACUCCGACUCGGGAACAGGGAACCAACUUUAAAAUUUAACCAAUCUGUAGCUGAAUUAUCCGCGAAUUGUCCAGGAGAUAGGUGCGUUCGCCCUCACAUGCACCUAUUGAAGUUUAUGGACGCCUGGCACUCCAACACGGAAAACGGGCAUAUUGAACCCCGCAAUAUCAACCAAUCCUAGGAAGCAUCUUGGAAGAAUCUGAGAGAAAUUUUUCGGGAUCUCGGACUUUGUUACUGCAAAAUCCCGUUGCAAGUCUAUCUAGCUAGUUUUAUUAUCGGAAUAGAAAACUUGCAUUGUUCGAUUCUUCUUGUCCAGGUGAUUCGAGGCAUUGUCCGAACUAUUAUUAAUUAUAAAUAUCUCACAAAAUAUCGUCAGUGGUGGCUAUACUCUUGGACAUGUGGACACUGACGUUUCGGCGUUCCUAAAUUUAAGAACUUUCAAAGAAUAAUCCGUUAUAUUACAGACCUAAUUCUUGCAGCAUUCUGGGUGUGCUCUCGUACGGAGAUUAUGUGAAAACCGGCUCAGUCAACAUUAUGCUUCUUUCGAAGAUAAAAUACUGCCAAAGUAUUCUGUUAGCAAUAAAUUCGGUGCGAGUGACGUUUCUGUGUUCAAACAGUAGCGCAGUAUUUCUUUUUUCCUCGGCGCGACGUGCUAGGGAGUGAAUGCGACAGAGUUUUUGACGCACGUCUUAUAUUAAGGUCGCGUAACUAUUUUGAAUGCAAUAUUUUUGAAAUGCGGUGAAGUGGCGAAUGUGGCGGUGGACUUUCGCAGUGCAACAUCACCGCUGGUGUGUAGACCGUUGUAUUUUUCUAUUUAUACCGUAGUCCAUUGUGAUCGCAUACAAUAAUUUAAUAGUUAUCGAAGUGAAUGUAAAUCCAUUAUUUAAUUUUUAUUUAUUGUUAGUAAUUUUAGGGAGCAAAAUUUAGUCAAAAACCUCAUUUUGGAGCGGAUUCGGUUUUUCGACGUCCUACUAAUGAAUAUCAUGUUUCAUAGUGAAAAACAAAAGGGUAUUUGCUGUAGUUCUUUUUAGCGACUUCUAAGAUUGUAAGUAAUUAACAGAUACAGUUUUCAGUCACAUAAUCAGUUAUACUGGUGAAUCGUAGGGUAGGGCUAAAAGUGUACUUGUUAUGUAUAGACUAACAAGAUGAAAGUUUAUUUUUUCUAUAUUAUCUGUGAUGACUGCAGAUACCUACUGUAGUGAACUCUGUACAAAAUCGUCUAUAUACAUAGGUGUUGUCAAUUUCUAACAGUAUGUGUUAUAAAAGUCAAUAAUGGUUAAAAGUGAAAUUGUGUAUAAAAAAUGUGGCUUAUAAGUGUAAAUGCAAUAUUAAUUCGGACAUCAUAUGUGAUAGUUGGCAUCAAGCGUCAAGAAACCAGAGGUCAGAAGGCGAUUGUCUCAUUCUCUUUCCAUUUAUCAAUUCAAUGUUAACUCAUAUUUUAAUCCAACAGGGCCAAUAGAUUACUAUUAAUUAUUAUUCUUAAAAAAGAGAAUCAAUUUCGUGGCAUGGCUAGUCAAACAUGUUUGACAAUGGAUAAAUAAAUAAAUAUGAAAAAAUCCUAAUAUUAAAAUAUCUUGAUAAGCUAAAGAUAUCUCUGAGUGUGGUUUCGAAAUUGUUUAAUGUGGAAAUCCUGCGUUUGUUAAGGGAUAAAUUAAUUAUAACUUAUUUAACCAUUAGUAACGUCGUCAGUAAUCUUAUGGGAUUUUAACUUGUUGAGGUUAGCCCCAUUCCAUUAAGUGCAUAGUAUGCACAAUAUUGAUUAGGUAUACAUGAAGAAUUAUUAAUUAAUAAGUAUCUUAGGUUUCUGUAAUAUUUAGUAUACCUAUCAUUCACGUUUAGUUAGGUGAGUAUAGUCAAAGAAUUUUAUAAUUGUACUUAUUUAAUGUUUAUAAAAUAUAGUUUAAUAUCAAAGUACCAGGAGAAUAUGAGACGUAAGGAGACGCCAGCAACUGGUUUCUUGAAGUGGCACGGGCCGUGUGGACGUCCUCACAGUGUGCCUAAGCAGGAUUUAAAUUAAAUGCAAAGCUCCUAUCAGUCAAGCUAAGGUUAAGUAAUUUAUAAUUAAGACUUUUAAGAUUGACAAUAGUCAUACCAUUAUUAAGUAAAAUAUUGUGGCAUUGUGGUAUGGGUUUUUAGCUAAAAGAUUAUGAUAAAAUAUUCUUUAGCUUGGCUGGUUGCAACGUUGUAAUGCAAAUAUUAAAUUUUAACCGCAAAUAUUGACAUCCACGUUAAAAUUUCUUAUUUGUCCAUAAACUAAAUUUUGUAAUUAUUAUGAGGGUAUAUAAAUAUAAAUGAAGCUCUCUGUUUGUGCAUUGUUAAGUUUCGCAGCUUUGUUAACAUCUUCAUGGUCGGGUAAAGCACGCACUGCUGUUUAAUUACCUAAGUACUAAGUACGUACAUUAAAAUUCAUUUUAUGUUAUUUUUACUUUUCACCACUCGUGAAUUACGAUUGAUGUUAUAAUUUUUAUAAAGCGUAUGUAUAUCUUUAUGUUGUCUAUCCUUUUAUGUUGUAAUUUCAGAUAUACUAGUAUAUAAUGUCUGAACUAAUAAACUUUAAUACAUACAGCUACAUUGACAGAGAAGCAGUGCUCGCUUAGCCCUUUAUUAUCGUGUCUCGCUCAGUAAGUUGUGAAAUGGCAAGUUCGGUUUUCAGCAAAUUAAUCUUAUGGCAACUUCUCGUGAAUAUUCGGAGAUAGCCUCCUCCAACUUUAAGUGUUUUUGUUGGCACUUCAUAUGGAUCUCCUCUCCUUUUCAUUCCAUAAAGAACAUGAUAAGGAUAUACUGAUGUCAAAUAGCAAAUACGAAUACCCAUGUGAAGUGCUUAGCUUAUUAAUUACGUCACUAAGCCCAACAGUUUAUACACUUUGGUUUCUGUGCAACGAUUGUAAGUUAUAUCUGUAAAAACAAUUAAGUUUUCAGUGUUGAAAUCGUCAUUGACUGCACUUAUAUUGGAAAGAUGAGUGUGUUUCCUGAGGGUAGCUACACACAAGCUGGUCGGCAUUAAUUAGCACAGCCGGCCGGUAAAAUCGAAUAUAUGUAGAUGAAUGUUCGGCAGUAAUUACUACGGGUCGGUUUUGUUGUUUGACUAAUACUGCCGGACCGAAUAUGUGUUUAGUUAUCCUGAGUGAUGCAACAACAUUGUCAACUAGCACUUGACAUAAUAUCAUAUAUAUAUAAUAAUAUCAUAUCAUAAUAUCAUCUGUAAUAUAAUCAGACACAGCCUUUGAAGUCGUGUUACAAAGUGUAUAAAUACGUUUUUUUGCUUUUUAUAUUAAUAUGACUGUUACGUUGCUGAGUUUCUUUGCGGUUUUUCUCAAUACAAGAUCCGGCCGGGAGGUCGUAGAUUUAAACCGAUUAGGCACCUUUUUAACUGUCAAGUGCUUGUAACAGUUUAGACUAAAUGAACAAUAUUGAAUAAUGAUGAAUUUUAAUAUACAUCUAUACAUUAUAAAUUGCAGUCUCUGUCGAAUAUGAACAGAAACGAGGUCGUAUUUUAACAUUGUUGUUAAUAAGGUUAUGUUGCACUCUUUGCUGUUGGUCGAAACAUUCGCAACAUUGUUUGGAAUCAUUGAUUGUAACAGACAUACUAUUUGAUCGAGCUUGCUUAUUAAUUAAUAUAAUGAUAAAAUUGAUAAUUUGAACAGUAGUAAGUACUGUACACAUAGCCAAAAUAAUGAAAAUGAUCAAAAUUUUAAAAGAUGAUAUUUUUUUUACAAAUAAAUUUUAACAAACGAGUGGAACCAUUUUAUAUUUAGUUGGCAGGUGGCCUAAUAUCAUGUGAGAUGAAGGGCCCUAUUUUGUGCAAUAAGUCUAGUAAAUAUUACUGUACCCCAAGCACAUAUUUAGACAAAUUCGUAUUCGUAUCGCCAACGUCAACGUCGUUUCUAUAGAAACUAGGCAGUGCCUCCUACUGGAUGUAAGAACAAACUGGCUUUUUUUCAUAGAAACUUUGCCAUGGCGACACGAAUGCUUUUCGUUAGCUAUCGUGCUUGAGGUACAAACUUAAAACAAAUUUAAAGAUAAUUUUAAACACCUGUGCAGAUCAUAAAAAUAACAAACCAUGUUCUUCAAAUCUCAGAGGGAUUUUACACAUUUUAAACCAAACAAAAAACAAUUAUUUAUGCAAAAGCAAAAAAAGCUUCAAAUUCAUUUUGUACAGUUAAAUAAUUUCAACCCGGACUAUACUUUACAAUAGGUACAUUCAAUUACUGAACUGUAAUACAAAAUAUAAACAAUUUCACUAUUUUUAUAUGGAUCUCAAAAUUACAGUAAAAACAGCUCACAAUAUCGAUAUACUGUUCGUAUUUUUUUUUCUAGUACCUAUACAUGUUAUGAUAUUUAUUUUAAACUAAUUUCGGGAUAAUAUAACUUACGUUAUAAUGUUUAUCUAAUCACAUGAUUUGAUCUCUCAAAAAUGUCAACAACUUCUUGUUACUGCCUAGCCAGGUCUAGGCUUCAUGGUUCCAUAACUAAAUUAAAAUGUAAAGGUGAUAGAUGUAUAAAAGUGAAAUGCGCUAAUAUUUUUUUAAGUUUAACUUAUACAUUUAAGUGCAUUUUCACCAGAAAAAAAUGUAUAUUUUCACACGAGUACCUCAAAAAAUCCCGCUCCAUAAAAUGGUAAUUUUUGUAUAGUUUUUAUACGCCUUAUCUAAAAAAAGCAGUAUGUUUUUAAUAAAAUAUAUGAUUAAUAUAAAAGCUUUCGUACUGAUUGUUUUCGUCACUUUGCCUAAUGAAUAUGUCGAAGAGGAAUAUGUAUGUAAAAUUUAAUAUAAAGAGAGAAAAUUAUUUUAAUUGUAAUAUUGUGUAGCAAAAAUGCUCAUGUAAAUAAAGAUGACUUAGUGUAUAAAGUUAUAACAAUAUGUUAGAAAU